GCUAAUAUGACAUACGAUGGAUCGUUUAUAUUACCUGACCAUAACGAAGAACAAAGACUCAAGCUACAAAACGUCUAUAGUCACGUAGAUGACAUAGAUUUGUUUGCCGGUGCAAUGACAGAAACAUUACUGCCUGACAGCUCUGUGGGACCAACAUUUGCUUGUUUGUUAGGAAAACAAUUUAAAAGGUUGAGAUUAGGUGACAGGUACUGGCACGAGACACAAGAUCCAGUCAUAAGGUUUACAAAAGGUCAGCUAGCGGAGCUACGUAACAUAUCGUUGGCACGUGUGUUGUGUGAUAACUUUGAUGUUAGCCAAGUUCAACCUGAUGUAUUCCGUGUACCCGGGGCGUGAGUAGAAA